CCUUGGUCACUUCAAAUGUACAUUGUCACGAAACACUAUUCCGAAAUUACUACAACAGUAAGAGGACAAUGUCACUUACGAGAUAAAUGAAUUAAACAACUUUUUCUCUUCCCAUUCUCUAUUCCUCUACUUGACAACCAAGUCCAUACAUACAAAUUUACAACCGGCAUUUCCUUUUUUCCAAGCUGCAUCAGCUGGACCAGCUGCAUCUAUCUGCCCUUGAAAUCUGGUUGCCUCCCAAUCGCCUCUUUUCGAUUUCCAACGUAACCAAUAACCAACCAACCGCUACUUAGCACCCCGAACUUGCGUAACCGCCUACCGACCGCAUCUUGACGCCAACUUCCGGUACAAUACUACGGGUAGCCGCGCACGCUUCAUGUUACGCAUCCCACAAGGCGCAGAUACGCAGCCUUGAAUCAUAUACUAUAUUCUAUUCCAAUUCCGUAUCCCAAUUCAAAUGAUUGCUUGGUAGUACUUACUAGGUAAUUCUACAUCAGCUUGGGGAAGGUUGGAGAUAGUGACCGACUUCCUAUGAUUUCCCCCUUCUCUCCCCUACCCCCCUUACAUCACACGACCUCUUUACAUCUGUCACCAUGCCGUCCAUCCUCAGCGAGGAGGAUAAGGAGACCGUUCGGCGAGUAGUACCAAAGCAUACCAACAAGAUCCACGCCGUAGCUGUCGCGAGAUUAUACGUCGCAUACCCGAAUACUUCAAAAUGGACCUACACCGGCCUGCAGGGCGCUAUCGUCCUAUCCAACGACUUGGUAGGACAUACGUACUGGUUAAAGCUGGUUGACGUAUCUCCCGCCGGUCGGGGUGUAAUAUGGGACCAGGAAAUAUUUGAGAACUGGUCUUACAACCAGGACCGAACUUUCUUCCAUACCUUCGAGCUCGAAGACUGCUUAGCAGGUUUAUCUUUCGUCGACGAGAAGGAAGCCAAACAAUUUAAAAAGAAGAUGGACGAUAGGGAGAAGAACGCCUCCAAGGCUACAAGAAAUACUCCUUUCGGUGGAGCCACGCAACAACCGGCCAAGACUGGGUUCUUCGGGAGCAUAUUUGGGGGGCAUAGGCACGCCUCAGCACCCACAGCACCCACGCCGCCCGAGUCACCUCGAAGUAGCGUUCCACCUUCUCACCAUGGCAGAGUCUCUUCGGGGAGCGUUAAUGGUUUUCACAAGCCAACCUCCAAAUUUGCUAAGCUGGAGGCAUAUGAUCCUAACUGGCGAGAUAAUUUUGGAAAUUUCCUGUCGGAGCAGGGCCUCACAGAUGAGUUCAUCAGGGAAAACCAAGACUUUAUUGUUGAGUUCUUGAAGGAACAGGGUACUGGGAUAUCCGAAAACGGGACAUCACGUUCUACACCGGCACCACCACCACCGCCUCCCCCGCCAGCCAAUAACUCGACUUCUAACGGGUAUAAUGCAUACGGCCACGGUCGCCUACCACCUCCUCCACCGCCUCCUCCUCCCGGAGGGGGUCGCUCGGUGUCGGAAAGUCUAACAUCGUCAGGCUCGCGUCGUGGUGCUCCCCCGCCCCCUCCCGCACCUCGUAGGUCCGGUAAGAUAGAGCUUGUGCAUAGAGAGCCAACACCACCAGAAGAACCAGUACCACCCCGGCCACGGUUCAAUGCCCCUCCUCCACUACCAGAUGCUGGUAAAUAUGCUCAUACCGAGAGCGCUCCCCGAGCUCCUCCCGGACCAGCACCUCCCCCAAGACCGCCAAAGACCCCGAUAGAAGACAAUGAAGAGACGUCUACGGGACACAAGUUUAGCGUACCCCCUGCUUUUACGGGCCAGAAGCAAAAUCACGCGCCUCCACCACCAGCCAGAGGUCCAGUGCCUCCACCGCCAAGGGAGCAGCCUCAGUCUGCACCAGCACCACCACUCCCUCCAAGUCUUCCUCCAAGUCUUCCCCCAAGCCUUCCCCCAAAAGUGCCUGGUCCGAGUGUAGCGGCGCCGCCACCGGCACCACCUCCACCCCCUGCCGCGUCUCGGCCAACUCCCGCGCCUCCUCCGCGGAGCACACCUCAGCCGCCAGUUCCACCGCCGAGCGCACCAGCUCCACCCCCUUUACCUCAGUCAUCGGCACCGCCGCCACCUCCACCGCUACCUGGCGCUGGCUCUGGUCCUGGUGCACCUCCUCCACCCCCUCCGCCUCCUCUCCCGUCCGGGGGUGCAGGAAUUCCUCCGCCGCCACCACCACCUCCACCACCUGGAGCUGGAAUACCUCCAGCACCGCCGCUACCGCCUCCCAACCGCGAUUCGGGCUAUUCAUCCGGGGUUCCACCUGGUGUUCCAGCUGCAGCCGCCGCGGAUACUGGGCGUUCUGCAAUGCUUGAAAGCAUCCAAAAGGCCGGUGGAAUUGCAGCGCUCAAAAAGGUGGACAGGACUCAAAUCAGAGAUAGGAGCGCAGCCACAGUUGGGGGAGGGUCAGACACGGGACCGCAUGGUAGUGGACUGCCACCCGCAGGCAUUGCCCCCGCAGGUCCCGGAGGCGGAAUGGCCGAUGCUUUGGCUGCGGCGUUACAGAAGCGGAAGGAAAGAGUUCGUGAUAGCGAUGAUGAGAAGAGUGAUGAUGAGUGGUAGAGCCAUAUUCACAAGAUUCAUCCGGAAGAAAGCAGAAGUUAUCCAAUUAUGGGAUAAGCUGGCUCAUGAGUAUGUAGCCCGAAAGCGAUCGGAAGAGAAUGGAAGCACGAACGUCUGCUUAGUCGCAGUUAGUGAGGCAACUCAGAAGACGAGGUUUCUAUAAGUAGUAGAGGCCUCGCCCAUUAUCAAAUGAGUUGCGAAAGAAGAACUGGAUGGACCUAACUUAGUAGGUAACUAGCCGUCCCUCUAUUUCAAGAAAAGAGCAAAGCCUUGAAAGCUUUUUAUAUGCAAACAAAUAUGUACCACUAAAAUCAAGCAUGCAAGGCGGAAAGGGGGGGUGGUAUUGUGUUCAUUAUAGCGGAACCGACUACUGCACCCAAAGGAGGGCGGAGUAAAGAAGGUACCUAGCAGUAUACCGUUUAGCGGAUUGGGGGAGCAAAACUCGUAGGGACUUGGAGCCUGUUGUCGACGUCUAGAGAGCCUGCAUGCAGAAUGAGGAUUAUAGAAUAUGGGCACGAGCACGUCGGACGGGUGUCCAGGUAAUAGGGGUUGAUUGCUUAUCGACUAUUGACUUGGAGCUCUGAGCUUGGUAUAGUUUUGGAAUAGAAAGGAUUAGAGAAUUGAUAAACCUCAGUUAACUAGGAAUUAUACAAAUGAGUAUCAAAUCAAA